AUGGACCUAGAUGAUCAGAAAGACGAAACAGAAACGGUUUCUUGCGGCAACAGCAAGUGCACGAGCAAGAUUGUUCCCGGAGAUGAUCAGAACGGAAAUGAGAGCAGCGGUACAAAGAAAAGGAAGAAGAGAAAAUCGCAGAAGACCAAGAAACGACGAGAGUUAGUGUCGUUUAGUGACCUCCCAGAUUACAUGAAGGACAACGAAUUUGUAUUGAAUUAUUACAGAGCUGAUUGGUCCAUUAGAGAUGCUUUCUUUAGCGUUUUCAGUAUCCACAAUGAGUCCCUCAACGUUUGGACGCAUUUACUUGGUUUCAUCUUAUUUGUGGGAUUAACCGUCGCCAACAUUACUCAUCACGAUAAAUUCUUCCCCGUGGAUGCAAAGAGUCCAGGGAAUGUAACAAGAUGGCCAUUUUUCGUCUUCUUAGGAGGCUCAAUGUUUUGCCUACUCGCGAGCAGCAUUUGCCACCUCUUUUGCUGCCACUCCAAAGAACUUAACGUCUUCCUCCUCCGCAUAGACUAUACCGGAAUCACCGCCAUGAUCAUCACUUCUUUCUUCCCACCAAUCUACUACAUCUUCCAAUGCACUCCUCGUUGGUACUUCAUCUACCUCGCAGGCAUCACCUCUAUGGGAAUCUUCACGAUCAUCACACUCUUCACUCCAUCGCUUUCCUCUCCCAAAUACCGAGCUUUUCGCGCUCUCCUCUUCGCCUCCAUGGGGCUCUUCGGGAUUGUGCCAGCUGUCCACGCGCUAGUGGUCAACUGGGGAAACCCGCAAAGGAACGUGACGCUCAUGUACGAGCUGGCCAUGGCAGUGUUCUAUCUUGUUGGGACAGGAUUCUAUGUAGGGAGAGUGCCUGAGAGGCUUAAACCGGGAUGGUUUGAUCUUGUGGGACAUAGUCAUCAGAUCUUCCAUGUGUUCGUUAUGUUGGGUGCUUUGUCUCACUAUGCAGCUGCUCUCAUGUUCUUGGACUGGCGUGACCAUGUUGGUUGUUAA